AGUGAAUGAAGUACUCUUGUUCCAGAUUUUAGUUAUGUAAGUAGAAUUUACAUGUAUAGGUAGCUCUGUGAUGUAAGUAAGGUUACUUGUCAUAUUCAUCAAGGAUAAUUAAAGAUAGAUAUAUGACAAUUUUGUCAAGACUACCUAACCUGUUGUUUGUAAUUCAGUCUGUGUUGAGACAUCAGCCUGUAGCAGGUCUGUUUUUUAUGGGCUUUAUGGGUGAUAGACCUUCAACUAUGCCUACACCACAAGAUGCCUUGCCAGGACGUGAUGAGAGAAUAAAAGUCUCACCAAAACAUGCUGUCAAUGGAAACCCCACAGUGCCACCAUUUCCAGAUGAGAUGCAAAUGGCUAUGUUUGGGAUGGGCUGUUUCUGGGGAGCAGAAAGAAAGUUCUGGAAGCAGGCAGGUGUUUAUUCUACACAGGUUGGAUAUUCAGCCGGUUAUACUAAGAAUCCCACAUACAGGGAGGUGUGUACGGGGAAUACCGGACAUAAUGAGGUGGUCAGAGUCGUGUUUGAUCCAAAAAAUGUUUCAUAUGAUGAAAUUCUAAAGGUAUUCUGGGAAAAUCAUGACCCCACAACACCAAAUCGUCAAGGAAACGACCAAGGAACACAAUAUCGGUCAGGAAUUUAUUUUUACUCUGACGAACAACAAAACGCAGCGGAAGCCUCUAAAGAAGCAUAUGAAAAACUGAUAAUAUUGAAAGGUUACGGCAAAAUUGUGACAGAAAUAAUUCCAGCAUCUGAGUUUUACUAUGCAGAAGAUUAUCACCAGCAAUAUUUACAUAAAAAUCCCGACGGUUAUUGUGGAUUAGGAGGCACGGGAGUGAGCUGUCCUAUUGGUCUCGGGAAGAAGGACGGAAAAAAGAAGCCGAACAGCGAAUUGUGAUAUAUGAUAAUAUACAAAAAGUGCUUUCAAUUUUUUUAAAAGAGAUAUUUAAAAUACCUAUUUAUUUGAUUGCUUUCAGGUGACAUGACUAACUAAGUUUUAAAUUUUGUUAUGUGUGUUUAGCUGAUCAGUACUCGGAGGUGAGCAUUUGUGAUGGCAAUGUCCGUAGAUCUUCUUAUAAGAAACUACAAUCACUGGAAUUAACAUUUAGCCAUGUAGCGUCCCCAUGUGGUCGUCUACAAAAGUUACAUGCUUGGGUAACUUAGCUUGUAUAGACUUAAAUUGUCACUUAGAUUAUAUUAACUUAUAUAGGAAACUCACGCCUUCUUGAGUGGAA